CCGCCACGAGAAGAUAAAGAAAAGCAACGCAUUGGAUUUAACCACUUGGCUCGUUCGCUUGCUGGGGGGGAAAAAAUGUUUUGCGGAGUGUAUUGUGUGUGUUCGCUAUCGCUAGAGUACCGAUUGCUCUGCUAGCAUGUCCCGGGACACUUUGAUCGCAUUAGAGGACAGCAGCAACUACGACACAUGACUGCCUGUUGUCACGAUAUGUAAAAAGCGUCUACUACAACUAAGUCAUGGCUCUUCCAUCAGAAAUGUUUGCCAGCUUGGAAUCGUGCGAUGGCCGCUCCGUGGAGGAAAUCAAACAACUUGUCAAUGAGAGCCUCGCCAAUAACAAAGAUACUUCAAUGCUGUCCACCCUUGUUGAUUACUACUUGGCGUCACGAUCUCAGCGGUGUUUGGAUGUCUUGGUCGCCAUCAGGGAAACUAGUGCGAAGGACCUUUUUGACAAGCUUCAUGACUGUCUUAAAGGGAGGACAAGGCAAUGCACGCUUACACUAAUCGCCAACAUUGUGCACAAGCAGCCACCUUGGCUUCAUCACAUCACAAGUCACAAGAUUCUAAGUCACAUCCUCAUGGUCAUAAAGAGUGCUCCCGAGCCGGUGCACAUUAUGCAGGCCAGCAUGAUCGUUUUUAGUCUCAUGCCAAUGCUGCCUGUGCAGUUUGGAACCUCUGCUCUUGCAGAUGCUUUUGAGGCUUUCUCAGCCCUGGCUGCACAGUGUACAAGAAGACCUAGUCACAUACAUGAAAGCCACCUGAAGUACUUGAAGCUGAGUCUGCAGUUUCUAUUCCAAUACCUGUAUGGCAUGUACCCAUGCAAUUUUCUUGCCUACCUGCGUGGGUUCUACGGAAGCCAGGACCACAGUCGUGAGAGGCUUACUGUUUACACCAUGACAAUCCGGCCACUGCUACAAAGAACUCGUGUUCAUCCCCUGCUAGUCACUGCUUCUAAAGAUGCUGAGCUCUGUUCAGAGAGAUGGAAAAAAAAGCAGCCAUAUGACAUUUUGGUGGAAUGUGGGCAGCACACACUGGACCCAAAGGAACACAUAAGCGAAAUUGACGAAGCUUCUUCACCGCCUCCUGGGACCCUAGGUGGAAGCAAUGCGGUGGCGGCGCCUAUGCCUCUGCUGCAGCCGCCUUCGAAGGGAAUGUUAGCCAAAGGGGAGGCUAUUGUGGCGUCAUCACUAGUUUCAAAGCCUUGCUGGAGUCCCGUGGAGGCUUGUGGUCUUGCCCCAGCCUGGAGAACUGUAGGAUACUCUAGGUCAUUGUCAUAUGAAAAACCCUUUGAGAGCACUGAAGCUAGUUUGCCUCUCGACCUUGCCAUAGAGGCAACACCGGAAGAAACAGGCUGCACCGAGCCAUCGCAGCAGAUAACUACAGCACCAAACAGUGAAGUGGCUAGAAUUGCUGCAGCUGCUGCCAAUGACGAUUCACCUAUCAGGGAUCUUGGAAGCAAGGCACUGCCUCACGCUGCCGAUGCGCAAGUUCCAGCCAUGGCAGAGAAGUCUAUUCCUGUGCCGGGGGCCAGUGGUGGUGGUGCCGUCGCCGCCGUGGGUUGUGAGACACCUUUCUUUUCAACUACCAACAACCUGACUACAGAGCCUCAGAAUUCAGUGUCAGAGCUUCCGGAAUACCAAGAGCAGCAACAGAUGGCACACAGCAUGGAUCGGCUGAGGUACUUCACCCAGUGUCCGGUGCAGUGCUGCAGUGGCAGCAGCAGGGGCAGGUCUCGUUCCACUCUGGAGCGGAGCCACUCGUGCCCCAGGCUUCAGGGGCCAUUUGUGCAACCUCGGAGGCCAGCUGACAGGUCCAACCAGGGUGACUCUGUGGAUGCUUGCAACCCUCAUCACGCACCUGUGACACCCAUCAACAACCAGGCUUGUUCAGCGACAGUGGCAGCGGCAGUAACAGGGUACCACUCUCUAAAGGACGUUCCCCAAUCUCCUCUCGAGGAUACCUACCGCUCACUGCUCUCGUACUCACUGUCCAGGCCUUACCAGCAGGGCUCUGGAGAUGCUUCCAACUUAGCGCUCGGUGACAUGUCGCCAAGUGAGCUGCUCGAGAAGCACCUGCAGCUGGUCAGCACCUGCUACAUGCAACAGGCACAGGUUGCCAAGAAGAAAACGCAACGCAGUGGAAUCAGUGAAGAUAAAUCUGAAGAAGUGGAGUGUUUGAAAGGACAAGUUUGCCUGUUGUAUACCGUGCUGCUCUAUGAGCGGCACCGGAGAGAUGUGCACAUGGAGCGGAACCGUCGUCUCCUAGCCAAGGCCAAGAAGAUUGUGGCUCUAGAAGAGCAAACUGCUGCUUAUAAGGACCAAUUGUUUUUGACUGAGCUGGAGAGCAAGCAGUACAAAGAAAAACUGAAGCAGUGUUCAGAAGAUGCCAAGAAGGAGAAGGCAGAGCUAGGAGGAGCCAUCAAAAUGCUGGAGAGUAAAAUUGCGGAGUUGCAGAUGAAGAAUGAACUUCUGACUCGGGAUAACAGGUCAAUGGUCGAGCAGGUGCGCCACACUGAAUCAGCAAGAGCCACCCUUCAAAAGGAUGUGGACCGCAAUGCCGGUAUCCUCAUGGAAAUGGAGAUGGAGCUGGAGACGGCACGCAGUCGGGCUUCCAUGAGCAGCAGCUACAGGCAGCAGGUGGAGUCCCUCCAGAAGGAACUGGUGACGCUGGGCGAGAUGUACAAGCGGCUGGAGGCAAGAUUGCAGGCUAGCGAACCCCGGCCUCAGGCCGACUCGUUGCUGGCCAUGUUUGAGGAGGCAUCGCGCAGCGAAGUGGCCGGUAUGAAGCACCAGCUGGAAGUCAAACAAAACCAAGUGGAAUCACUAAGUUGUCGGGUGAAGCAGCUGGAGUCAACUGUUUCAAGCAGGGACGCUAAGGUUCGUGACCUCAAAGAGCAGCUUGAACGCAUGGAAGCCAUCCACAAAGAGCAGCUACAGAGCAAAGAGUGCCGAAUCAAUGCCCUGGUCGGUUUGUGCCAGAGAAUAGAAGCACAAUUGGUGGAAGCCCGCUACUACACGGAGCAGAAACGAGAAUCGAGUUCAGAAGCAUCCGGCGGAUACGACGACAUGUGUGCCAGCAUGGAGCUCGACGGAAACAGUCCCACAGUUGAUCCUACGGGGCUGUUGGGCUCUUACACUUCGAACACUGAGAUGACACCAGUUUCGGACAUGCUCAGGGAAGCAGAGCAGGCAGUGUGCUCUCCCGAACGGCAGCAGAGUCUGCCACUGGAAGAGCUGGAGUUGAGCGGCACUGUUCAGGCUGAUGAAGAAAAGCCUCCGAUUAAUGUUGCCGAUGAAAAGACGAGCGACCUAUUAUGAGCAGCAGCAGUCGAGCCUCACACUUAGAAGCAUACUUAAAGCUUGAGGGUUUGGGGGCUCAAGGCAGAACCCUAUUUCGCACACCAGUUUAUAGGCCUUGCUGAGUGUUCUUGGUACACCACGUGCCAGGGAAAUUGUACACUGGUAGUAUGUUUCGGGCCCCUAUUGGCAAUUCCGCUUAUAAUGUUUCCUAAUUAGCUACUAUUCUUCUAGAAAAAAAAGAAAGGAACUGUUUGAACAUUGGAUAAUAAUAAACAUUCUGAAGGUGCAGAUUUGUGCGCAUGGUUAUGGCCUUGCCUUUCAAUGGGUUUGUUGGGCUUUUUUUUUACCACUGGUCACAGAGGCUUUGUAUGAAACAAGGGAAAGUUCAUGUUGAUGUUGGCUCUGAGUAGAAAUGUUAAUAAAGUUUUUGUACAUACA